GGGUCACCAGGCAUCAGGUCAUUUGGCUCGACAGCGGGCACCGCGUCAUCUGGCAAGGCAGUGGGCUCCGAGUCAACAGGCACGACAGUGGGCACCGGGUCAUCAGGUACCGGAUUGUCUGGCUCGACAGCAGGCAUCGGGUCACCAGGUUAUGACAGCGGGCACUGGGUCACCAGGCAUCAGGUCAUUUGGCUUGCCAGCGGGCACCGCGUCAUCUGGCAAGGCAGUGGGCACCGGGUCACCAGGCAUUGGAUCGUCUGGCUCGACAGCGGGCAUUGGGUCACCAGGCAUCAGGUCAUUUGGCUCGCCAGCGGGCACCGCGUCAAUCUGGCAAGGCAGUGGGCACCGAGUCACCAGGUACGACAGCGGGCUCUGAGUCAAUUGGCACGACAGCGGGCACCGGAUCAGGUACCGGAUCAUCUGGAUCAACAGCGGGCAUCGAGUCAACUG